UGCCCCAUCGUUGGUGUCAGUGGGGGGAGGAAUAGUGCCCCAUCGUUUGGUGUCAGUGGGGUGGGGGGAGGAAUAGUGCCCCAUCGUUGGUGUCAGUGGGGGAGGAAUAGUGCCCCAUCGUUGGUGUCAGUGGGGGGAGGAAUAGUGCCCCAUCGUUGGUGUCAGUGGGGGGAGGAAUAGUGCCCCAUCGUUGGUGUCAGUGGGGGGAGGAAUAGUGCCCCAUCGU